UGAUAACAAACUAAAAAUUAAUUACAAAAAACAAUACAAAAAAAUAUUUAAAAGUUGAUGAAGACUUUGAUAAUUAUCCAUUUCAUGCUGAAUAUAACUUUCCUUUCUUUUGGUCAAAAAGAUGGUGUUAGUUAAUGUAACUAGGUAUGCUAAGAUUGCUCUAGCGAUAAAAGCUUUGAGUGCCUUGGAUGUAAAUACCCAUUUUAUUUUGAUCAGAAUAGCUAUAAUUGUGUCUAAUCUUGUCCUAGUGGAACAUACGAAAACUUUAGCAUGGAAUGCAUUUCUUGUGCUUCUAAGUUUUGCUCAAGCUGUUCAUCUACUGAAUGCUAUUAAUGCCUACCUGGUUACUUUUUGAACCCAUAGGAUAAAUAAGGAUGCAUUGCUAAUUGUUAAGAUAGUUAAUAUUUACUUGAUGGAGAGUGCGUAUAUGAAUGCAGCAUUUAAUCUAAUAGCUAUUCCUUAGAUUCAUCUUCUAACACAUGCAUUUAACUAUAAAUCUGCCCAUCCUUAUCUUAUGUACCUAAAUCUUAAGCAGUUGGUCAAAUUUAGUACUAUAGUACAUCCAUCAGUGAAGAUAAUAGCACUAUGGUUUAGAUUGAUGUAUAAGGCAAAGUUAUUGUGAAAUCAAUUCCUUAGCUUGUACCUUAAACUUAUUAUACUUUUCCAUAAUUAGCAUCUAUCGCAAAUUGUGUACAACUAGUAGAAUAAUCAACUCAAAAUAUUACACUUUCUUGUAUGAAUAUGGAUACCCAAGUUUUCACUUUUUAUAUCUCUAGUGGUUUACUUUUAUCAUAAAAUAUUACAUUUAAUGGGAUGAAAAUGACCUUUUUGACAUAAACAGGUUUUAUAGUCUAAUAUAACUUUCAAUCUUAUUAAUUUUAUGUUGUUGAUAAUUCAUCAGAUACAUUAAAUUAAAUACUCAGUGUUUAAAAUUAUCAGUAAAAAAAUGAUCAAUUUAUCCUUGCUAUUAACUCAACAAAUACAAUUUUUUAUUAUGAUUAAUCAUUUAACAAGAAUAUACUUUUAUAGUAUUCAUCAUAGAACACUCUUUAACUCUUUCCAUUGGGGGACAAAUAGCCUUAUUCAAAAUAACCCUCAAAAGUUCUUUCCCCCAAGUUAAAGAGUUAAAUGGAAAAUUUAGAUACGCAAAAUAUGUGGGUGUUCUACCAAAAUAAUAAAAUAGAUUUUUACUAAAUAAUAUUUGGUCAAGCUCCUUCACUAAUCAAAUCUAUCACUCCAUAGAUUAUUCUAUAUUCAAUAAUGAGAUCUAAUAAAACUUUGACUUUAAUUGGUGGACAAAAUUAAACAGCAACAUAAGUUUUCUAAAUUAGCUCAAAUAAAUAAGUUACAGAAAUCACAAGUUCUUUACCACCCACUUUCCUUAAUUCUAACUGCUUUUGGAAGACUAAAGAUAUAUAUUUCUCUCAAAAAUAAGAUAUGCUUUACAUUUUUAACCUUAACUAAAAUAGUUUUAGUCUUUCUUACACUCUUAAAUUAUCUUAACCUUUAGUUUGCUCAUUAACUUCUUUAGAUAUUUUUGAAAAUAAUGAUGAAAUAUAUUUGCUAUACUAAAUAAUGUAAGAUAUAUAAAUUUAAGAGCUCACUUAAAGUCAGUUAACCUCUGUUAAUUCUAGUUAAAUGUAUUUCUCAUCUGAAUAACAUAAUUAUUACUAUACUUAAUUAUUAUUUAAUACACCGGCAGUUAAUUAUUUUGAUACUGUUACAAAUAAUUAAAUAUUGGAAUUAAAAGGCAAUGGAAUUGCUUACUAAUAUGAUUUAGAAUCUAGAUAGAUUGCUAAAUCAUUUUAUUUUUGGGAUGAUUUUUAUUAUCCAGACAAAUAAUCCACAUAUUAAUAUAACUAUAUAGUUUUAUAAGAAGAAGAAAAACUAAUAGUUACUGGAAUAAGAAAUGGUGUUUUGACAGUAAGAGAAUUGAAUUUAUAUACUUUUGAAAUACUUUUAGAAAACCAGUUUAGUCAUAUAGAUAUUACACCUGACCAAAUAUAUUAAUUUAAAAAACCUUUUUAUAUCCAGAGUACAAAAACAUUGAUAGUUUAUAUAUAUAAUAAAUACAUCAGUGCAAUUGCUACAUAUUUAAGGCAGCUUCAUAUUUUUAAUUAUAACUAAAUAAGCAACUAAUACAACUAUAAAUUCUCAAUAAGAUAAAUUGCAAAUGACGUUUAAGUUUCACAGAAAACUGGUGAUAUUAUUUUUUUCUUAGUUUUAGGCAAAUUAUUCCGUGAAUAAAUAAAGAUCUACAAUAUUUACAAAGAUAUCGUUAGCUUAGAUCCUUAUACUACACUUUAAAUUGUCUCUACUCAAAAUAAUAAGGUUUUAUAUGAAAUACCUACUGGUGCAUACAUAGCACAUUUCGUUACUUAUGGCAACAAAGUAUUUAUUCUCAGUAAUAGUGGCUUUUUAUAAUACUAUGAUGGAGAUACAAAUUAGAUCAUACUAUACCAAAACGACUACUAUGGGUAAGGCUUAUAGAACAUUUUACAUAAAUAAAAUUAGAUACUAUUUAUAAAUACCUUGAUCUCUCUUAUAAUUAGUUUAGAUGAUCUAAAUCUCUAAUUAUAACAGGUAUCAUAAAUUGAUUAAUAUGAAAAUGAAUAUAGCGAUAUUUAAAUCCCUUUAUCUCGUAAUAGUGAAUGGCUUUAGUAAAUGGUAGAUGUAAAAUAAAUAUUUUGCUAUGAAUAUUAAAAUAAUGAUUUUUUAAAUGUAACACCAUACGAAUAUGUUGUUAAUUUUUAUGAGUUAGAUAUAUAGUUAAAUAUAUAUAAAGAUUAAAUAAAAGUGGUAAAAUACCAAAAGAUAAUAGCAUAAAUUGCUAUUGAUUUCUAUCAACCUGAUAGUGUAAAUAAUUAAAAUUACAUGUACUCUCUUUUACACGAUAAUAAAGGAUUUUAUUAUCCAUAUUAAAAUUAUAUGGUAAUAGUUGUUGGAUAUCGUCUUGCUUUAAUUAGCUCAUCUAAUUUUGAAAUUCUUUUUAAUUACGUGUCUUAAAUAUUAUUUAUGAAUCUUGCAUACGAUAUAGAAUUAGGAUACAUGGCUUUUCUAGAUAACUUGUAAGAUUGCAUAUUCAACUUAAAGGAUAUUUCUUUAAAUUGCAUCAGUAACAACUAUGCCUUUUCAGAUACCUUUUGUGGGGUUAUUAUUUAAAGACAAAAAUAGUUGAUAAUCUUUUAUAGUUAAUAUAGCUUAAGAGUGUACUCUUUAAAAGAAUAAAUUUAUAAGUUUGUUAAAUAUGCAGAAGACUUUUUUCCUUUUGCCAUAUAUUACAAUGAUAUUGGUAGCAAUAUAAUUAUUGCAGAUUAAGCAAGUUAAAGUUUUAAAAUAUUUAAUUUAGAUACAUAUCAAUUGUUAGAUACUUCUUUCCCAUCAUUUACUACAAACUCUGAAGACAUUAUGUAUAAGGUAUGA